AGUAUAUAUUUUGUUUUGUGCUGUUGCUGUUGAACUGUUUUGUUUUAUUCCAGCAUUUCAGAAAAAAUUGGCAAAGAUAUAUUUUAGAAAAAAUUCGUAGUGAUCAACGCAAAAUAUAACUGAUUUUCAAAUUUUCCCAUACUUCCUCAGGAUAACUGCAUUUUGGCGUUCUGAAUUUAACCCAUUUUCAGUAAGAACGUACACAUGUGUUUCUACAGUAUGUAAUUCAAAACUCUUUAAUGGUCAAUAGUAAAAAGUAAGUUAUAAACUACUAUACAGACAAUCUACUAGGAGACAUAUGAAGAAAAUGGCUAUACAACUUAAAGAAAUUUGUGAUAAUGUAACACUUGCUAGAGAGAAUUCUAUGCUUGGUAACUAUGACAAUGCAGAAGUGUACUAUGAGUUUGCUCUGAAGAUGGUUUCAAGGCUCAUCAUCACUAUAUCAGAACCUACAAGAAAAAAUAAUUGGCUUCAAGUACAAAAAAAAGUUAAUGGGGAGUAUGAUAAAGUGAAAGAACUAAAGAACAUGUUACAAAUAAUGCGAAUCGAUACAGGAGAUGUGCCUAUAGGAGUAAGGAGACGAAAAGAUUUUGACCUUAAUGAUGAUGUAUUGGAGGCUAAUGAUCCAGAUAUUUGGCCUUCCCCCACACCUGCAGAUCAUAGCAACGGUCCAAAAUCCCGACCCUUGAAUGCAAAACGCUUCGAUGCAAAAAACAAGGGGAAUAUCUCAGCCAGAGCAAGUUCUUCAAGUACCUCCAGGCGCUCCGAAAUAAUGAAAAGUACCAGAACCGUUAAAAAAGAUGACAGGCCAUCAUCUUCAAAACCGGAUAAGACUGUGGAUAAGCCAGAAAAGGAUGCAGCAAACAUAGAGAAAUCUGAACCAGAAGAAGAAAAGAAGUUUGAAUGCAACAUCACAGAAAGAGAGCUGGCUGAUAAUCUGGAGAGGGAUAUUGUUCAGCAAAAUCCAAACAUCCAUUGGGAUGAUAUUGCUGACCUCCAAGAAGCUAAAGGACUGCUGAAAGAAGCUGUAUUAUUGCCGCUAUGGAUGCCAGAUUUUUUCAAGGGUAUAAGGAGGCCAUGGAAAGGAGUACUUAUGGUAGGACCUCCAGGUACCGGAAAAACGAUGCUGGCAAAAGCUGUAGCAACCGAAUGCAGAACUACAUUUUUCAAUGUCUCGUCAUCUACACUGACCUCCAAAUACCGUGGUGAAUCGGAAAAAAUGGUUCGCUUACUGUUUGAAAUGGCACGCCAUUAUGCCCCAAGCACAAUAUUUAUAGAUGAAAUAGACUCCCUCUGCUCAAGAAGAGGUUCAGAGUCGGAACACGAGGCAUCCAGGAGAGUGAAAUCAGAACUCCUGGUCCAGAUGGAUGGCAUUACUGCUAGCAAUGAUAAUCCUGGCAAAGUUGUCAUGGUCUUAGCAGCAACCAACUUCCCUUGGGACAUCGAUGAAGCACUCAGACGUAGAUUAGAAAAAAGAAUAUACAUCCCCUUGCCUUCAUUAGAAGGAAGAGAAGCCCUACUCAAAAUCAACCUUAGGGAAGUAAAACUCGAACCUGACAUCGACUUGAAAAUGAUAGCCAGACGUCUAGAAGGUUACUCGGGCGCGGAUAUAACAAACGUGUGUAGAGACGCAUCUAUGAUGUCAAUGAGAAGAAAAAUAUCCGGCCUCAGACCAGACGAGAUCAAACAGCUACCUAAAGAAGAACUGGACUUACCUGUUACAAUGAGGGAUUUUGAGGAAGCGCUUUUGAAAAACAACAAAAGCGUCAGUAAAGAUGAUUUAGAUAAAUAUGAAAAGUGGAUGAAUGAAUUUGGUUCAUCCUGAUAGUCACUGAUAGUAUUUUAAUUUAAAAUUAAGGCUGUGGAUAAUGCAGUUGACAGUUUUUUCAAUGUAUGCAGGGUGCUUCAUGGGGAGAUAUUUUAACGCCCGAAUAGGCGGAGAGUACUAGCUAUCACAAAAACAUCCGUCUUUUGUGCCGGACAUUCAGGGAGCUUAACGGUAUCAUAAAUAGCACGUGAACUCUCAUAGAGGGUGCAUCAAUGAAAAUAAAAAGUUCUUUAAUAGGAAAUAUUCGAAAACGGUUUUCACAACAAGAUUGAUAUAUCAUAGGCGUUUAUCUCUAAAUUGUUUGGAAAUAUGGGUGUUGCACAAUUCUGUGCCACAACAAACGUUUUUUUUUAAUGAAACAAGAAACAUGCUAUAUAUUUGGAAAGGCCUUUCGAAAUCAAGAAAAUUGAUAUAAUAUACUGUAAGAUUUUGAUCAUCAUUAACUUUUUAACAUUUGUCUGAUAAAAUGCCUCUAAAUCUAACACUGAUGUGGUGCAUAAACAGUAAUAAAAUUAAUAGAUCAUACAAUCUUCAGCUUUAUACUCUGAAAUCAAUAAAAUCAGUAUCUUCAGUUCUUACUCUUGGUCUGCCCAAAUAUGUGAAAGAAAUUCAAACAUUCCAAUAUACAGGAAAGGUUCGAAAAUCUCGAAAUUGGAGAUACUACCAAAAUAUGUGAAUUGACCUAAGCAUACCCAAAAGUUGAUAGUUUGCGAGUUACAAUUUUAUUUUCUAUUUUUAAUUACUGCUUGACAGGCAUAAAAUUCGGUAUAGGGAAUCCAUUAUUUUUUAUGGCCAAACUUCUAGCGGGCGCCACUUACAGCACUAUUUCGAUAAAUAACUUAUCAUAAGUUUUUUGUGCUACCCUGUAUACAACAACUGACUGAACAAUCUUAUUUUCUCGUAUUUCCCCAACAAAAAAGGUUUACCUGUUAGAAGUAACAGUUUUCGAGAUAUUUGUUUUUAAAAGUUCCAAUGCAUUAUUUGUUCCAUGACAAUAAAACAUUUUUAUAACAUAAUAAGCAAGUUGCUUUACUUAUUGUCAACUUAAAAUUAUUCAUGAAGUUGAAAGCAAUAUUAUGACAAACAUCAGAAACCAUAGCAACUCUACUCAGAUAUUAUUCAAUGCAACUUGAUCAUUAUGUUAUAAAAAUGUUUUAUCAUCGUGGUACAAAUAAUGCAUUGGUACUUUCAAAAACAAAUAUCUCGAGAACCAUUAGCUUUCGACACUUCUAACCAGUAAACCUUUUUUGUUGUGAAAAUACGAGAAAUAAGAUUUUUCGGUCAGUUGUUGUAUACAGGGUAGCACAAAAAAGUUAUAAUAAGUUAUUUACCGGAAUAGUGGUGUAAGUGGCGCCCUCCAGAAGUUUGGCCAUAAAAAAAUAACGGAUUCUUGUUUCUCAUACUAAAAAACCUCCGUAUACCGAGUUUUAUGCCAAAAUCUUAAAUACUUCUCAAGCAAUAAGGAAGAAUAGAAAAUAAAAUUGUAACUUUGACACCCUGUAUCUCGCAAACUGUCAACUUUUGGACUUAGGUAUAUUUAGGUCAAUUCACAUGUUUUGGUGUGUAGUAUCUCCAGGUUCGAGAUUUCCAAACCUUUCGCAUAUAGUUCAUUUAUUUAAGAAAAUUACAAUUUUCAGAAAGGUUGUGGUAUAACAUAUUUUUUAUAAGGGAUGUUGUUAGUUUUGUCAAAUUUUAGCUAGUCCGCACCUGUUUUUUUCCUAUCCCUAUCAUAAACGAUUCGAUAGCAUAAGCCAAGUAGGCGUACCAAGUUUCAGAAAAAUAUAACGGGUACUUGACAAGUUGCGAGGCCAUAAAGGCAAUAAAACUCCCUGAAUCUCGGUUAUAAGAUGUUACAGACCCAUCCAUCAACCAUCUAUUACUUAUAAUCACCUUGAUGGCCUCUAUAGACGGCUGAAAUAUCUCGUUCUCCCAACGAAACACCCUGUAUAGCUAACAGUCAUAUUUUUUAAGUUAGAAAUUGGGGUAAUUACAAGAUUACUACUGAAGAUUAACAAAAACGAUAAUCCAUCAAUCUAAUAAACUGUGGGUGUCUCAAUAAGAGCGUCAGAUUUGAUUUUCAAGCAAAACACGAUUUCUUUUCGAAUUAAGCGAGUAUUAAUAUUUCAACAUGAACAGGAAUAGUUGCGAUUAAACAUGAAAUAGGACAUCCGGUAAAUGGCCACCACGAGACCUCUGGCACAGGGUCAGUCUUUUCUUAAAAUUCUGGAUAACGUUUUCGCACAACUGUGGCUCUAUUUCUUCGAUAACGCGCCGUAUCUCUUCUUUAAGGCAUUUAACUGAUUGUAGCUUGUUCGUAUACACUUUUUCCUUCACAUAGCCCCAAAGGAAGAAGUCAAUUGGCGUUAGAUCGCACCAUCUUGGUGGCCUUGGUGGCCAAAAGUUGAAAAUGUGCCUCAUCAGAGAAAAUGAUUUUUUUCGAGAAAUCCUCAUCAAUUUGGUGGUGCUCCAGUGCCCAAUCAACGAAUUCGCGGCGCUGCGCAUGGUCCAGUGGCUUGAGUUCUUGCGUCAGUUGCACCUUCUACGCAUGCAAGCCCAAAUCUUUUGUCAAAAUUCGUUGCAGAGUGGGUCUGGUAAGGUUCCAUUCUUUUUCAUUCUUUAAUUGAACGGCGAACUGUCGACUCAUUUGGCGCAUUAUUGCGACCGAAAAUUGUACAUACCUUGCGAACUGUUUCCGCGUAUUUUUCUCCAUUUCUGUCGUGAGUUUUCACAAUAAUUAAAGUUGCUCGUUUAAAUACUGCUCCAUGACAUCUAAUCGCGUGGCCUGGACAUGACAGCUGUUAUCAAGUAAAUACGAUACCAUUUUUACAAAAAAAUGUCGACAAAUUCAAAUCCGGCCCUCUUGUUGAGACACUCUUUAUAAGCUGGUUGCUGAUAAAAACACACGAGAUAUAUAAAAAAAAAGAAAAACGUUACAUAUGCCCUCCAGAGAAUUGAAAGGUUUAAUCAUGAAUUUAAGUGGUACCAUACACAACAUACUCUUAUCAAGGAAGAUCCAUAUAUUUUUACACCAAAUACUCUGGUAUAAUGAUUAAGAAGGUACCUAGCCAAACUCCAAGGGGUGAUUUUGAUUGGAUUUUUUUUUAUUCAGCAAAUGCAGAUGUAUCAAGAAAAACACUGUAUUGUUUCACGAAUAAUCGUUCAUUUAAAAAAGUUUGAUAUCCCACAUCUUCACUCCUUAAAGUUGUGCACUUUAUUAACGCCCUUUAUACUGGAUGGAUUUAAAUAUUAGGUGUUUUAUUGUUAUGUUUUAAAUUUAUUUAUAAGCAUUUUUUGUUAUAAUAGUAAUAUCUAGAUUUUUUAUAAUAUUUUAUACAAAUUAUUAUCAAUUUAUUAUUGAUCAAUUUAUAUAGUAUUCACAUACUUUCG